AUUACGAAUAAGCUGAUCAUAAAACCAACUCUUAUCUCCUACACUAUUUUUGGCUUAAUUAAUGAUAUAACACAUAAUUAAGCCCAUAUAUAUCAUCCUACAAUUACUAAAAGUAUUCCUUUCUUCAAAUACCACAUAUUGUCAUAUACUCGCCCCUUUCACAUUCAUUUUGGGCUCUUUCAUUCUAGUAAUUAUUUUAAUUUUUACAGACUUAUUAUCUUUCUCCAUCUUAACCAUUUAUUUUUAUCAUUUAUUUAUUUUUGUCUUAUUUUCCGACCUAAUUUCCAUUUCCACUAAAUUUAUCUCAAGUGCGUUCUCAUAGUAAGAGAAAGACUAUUAAAAAACCAUGGCAGUGAGUUCCAAAAACAUGGCAGCAGCAAAAUCAGUCCUAUCAACCCUAGGCUCAGUAGCAGCCACAGCCGUAGUAGUCCGCACAGUUGUUAACGACUUCCUCCCACACCAAAUCAGAGACUACAUCUUCUCCUCCCUUCACUCCUUCACUCGCACCUUCUCCUCCGAAAUCUCGAUGAUCAUCGAAGAGUUCGACGGCCUCGAAACCAACCAAAUCUUCGAGGCCGCCGAACUCUACAUCGGCGCUCGCAACAAAACCAUCUCCACCUCCUCCACUUCAUCCUCAGCCACUCGCCUUAAAGUCCGAAAACCCGAAUCAGAAAAACAAAUCCAAGUCAGCGUCGAUCGAGACGAAGAAAUCGCCGACGUAUUCGAAGGUGUCAAAUUCAGGUGGGUAUUACAAUGUCGAAUCAUCGAGUCGAAAAAUUAUUAUAACCCACGAGACAUGAAUUCCACUUUAAGAUCCGAGAUCCGAUCCUUUUGCUUAACAUUUCAUAAAAAAUUCAAGGAAAUUGCAUUAGAAAAAUACCUUCCACAUAUAUUAAAAGAAGCAGAGUUUCUGAAACAAGAAAUGAAAACAAUCAAGCUUUUUACAGUGGAUCCAAAUAACUUAUAUUCGGGUCCGGCCCAUGUAUGGACCUCCAUUAGUUUAAACCACCCAGCAACAUUCGAGACAUUGGCGAUAGACCCAGAGUUAAAAAAGAUGAUAAUUGAAGAUCUUGGAAGGUUCGUGAAGAGGAAGGAAUAUUAUGAACGAGUAGGGAAGGCGUGGAAGAGGGGUUAUUUGUUGUAUGGGCCUCCAGGGACUGGGAAAUCGAGCUUGAUAGCGGCAAUGGCGAAUUACUUGAAUUUUGAUAUAUAUGAUCUUGAGUUGAAUGGGUUGAGGUUGGAUUCGGAGCUUCGGAAGGCGUUGGUUGGGACGGCGAAUAAGUCGAUUGUGGUGGUAGAAGAUAUUGACUGUUCUAUUGAGUUGAAUGAUCGGAAUAAUGGUGAAGGUGUCGGUGUUGGUCCUCCUUUGGGGUUCCAUGAAGAAAAGGUAACUCUAUCUGGUUUACUGAAUUUCAUCGAUGGACUAUGGUCAAGUUGUGGGAACGAAAGAAUCAUAAUAUUUACAACAAACCAUAAAGAGAAAUUAGAUCCAGCAUUACUACGUCCUGGCCGAAUGGACGUCCACAUUCACAUGUCUUAUUGCACACCUUCUGCAUUCAAAAUCCUUGCUAUAAACUAUCUAUGCAUAACCCAUCACAAACUGUUUGCUCAAAUUGACCCACUUAUUGACGAAGCUGAAGUCACCCCAGCUGAAGUUGCUGAGCAACUAAUGAAGCACGAUGAUCCUGAUUCCGCCCUCGAAGGCCUUAUCGAGUUUCUCAAGCUAAAAAAGUUCCAAAAUGAUGAAGCUAAGGCUAAGAAAUUGGAAGAAGCUAAGGCUAAAAAACUUGAAGAUGAGACUAAAUCUUCAUCUAAAGAUCAAAAUGAUGAUGAAAAUAAUGCAGCAGCAAGGAUUCAAAUGGCUGAAGCAAUGAGGAUGAGGGCUUUUAAUGCUAGACGAUUUCGGCGUGGAAGGAGAGUGCGGUGCAUCAGAGCAUUCUAGCUAACCAUUUAGCUAUUUAACGGCGAAAUCAAUGCCCAAUGGGGAACUAAGCUCCAGUAAUCCUGGACAUGCGGAUCGAUGACUUAAUGGUUUUAGGGAAUCAGAAAUUAUGUGUCAAGUUUUUAAGUUCUAUAUUGUACGACAAGUGAUGUCAAUGUAAAAAUUAAAAUAAUAUUCUAAACUAAGUUACGAAAAGUUACACUUAUGUCUCAAGAUUAUGAAGUACUCCUAUAAAAUUUGUUAGAAUGUAAUUAAUUAAUUUGAAAAUUCUACACUAAGUUACGACAAGUGAAAUACAAAUGAUUUAAUAUGAUUAUUUGAUC